UGCAGUGACUUGUUUCCAAAGACUUCUUUCUCGCUUCAAAACUUUCACUCGCUCUUCUCUCUUCCCUCUCGAGACAAAAAAAAAAAUGGGUCAGGGAACGCCCGGCGGGUUGAACCGACAAGGCCUACCGGGCGACCGAAAGCCCGAUGGGAACGACAAGAAAGAGAAGAAGUUCGAGCCGGCGGCUCCGCCUGCCCGAGUCGGCCGGAAACAGCGCAAGCAGAAGGGUCCCGAAGCUGCGGCACGGCUCCCGACGGUUACCCCGCUGACAAAGUGCAAGCUUCGGCUGCUGAAGCUGGAGAGAAUCAAGGACUAUCUCCUCAUGGAGGAGGAGUUCGUCACAAACCAGGAGCGGCUCAAGCCGCAGGAGGAGAAAGCCGAGGAGGACAGAUCUAAAGUUGACGAUCUCCGAGGCUCACCGAUGAGCGUCGGGAAUCUGGAGGAGUUAAUUGAUGAGAAUCACGCCAUUGUUUCGUCCUCCGUCGGUCCUGAGUACUACGUUGGGAUAUUGUCCUUCGUGGAUAAAGACCAAUUGGAACCUGGGUGUGCGAUUUUGAUGCAUAAUAAGGUGCUUUCUGUUGUUGGGCUUCUUCAAGAUGAAGUUGAUCCGAUGGUGUCAGUGAUGAAGGUCGAGAAAGCUCCGUUGGAGUCGUACGCUGACAUUGGUGGAUUGGAUGCCCAGAUACAGGAAAUUAAAGAAGCUGUUGAGCUCCCACUGACUCAUCCCGAGCUAUAUGAAGACAUUGGUAUCAGGCCGCCUAAGGGAGUCAUAUUGUAUGGAGAGCCAGGAACGGGCAAGACCUUGCUUGCAAAGGCAGUGGCAAACUCUACGUCAGCAACUUUCUUGCGUGUUGUUGGUAGUGAGUUGAUUCAGAAGUACUUGGGAGAUGGUCCAAAAUUAGUGAGGGAACUCUUCAGGGUUGCUGAUGACCUCUCACCUUCUAUCGUCUUCAUUGACGAAAUUGAUGCAAUUGGUACAAAGAGGUAUGAUGCCCAUUCAGGUGGUGAACGUGAAAUUCAGAGGACCAUGUUGGAGUUACUUAACCAGUUGGAUGGUUUUGAUUCAAGAGGAGAUGUCAAGGUUAUUCUGGCAACAAACAGAAUUGAAAGCCUUGACCCAGCCUUGCUUCGUCCUGGCCGAAUAGAUAGGAAGAUUGAAUUCCCUCUUCCUGAUAUCAAAACAAGGAGGCGCAUUUUCCAGAUUCACACAUCAAGGAUGACGUUGGCUGAUGAUGUCAACUUGGAAGAGUUUGUCAUGACCAAGGAUGAGUUUUCCGGGGCUGAUAUCAAGGCUAUAUGUACUGAAGCUGGUUUGCUUGCUUUAAGAGAGCGCCGUAUGAAGGUGACGCACACGGACUUCAAGAAGGCGAAGGAAAAGGUGAUGUUCAAGAAGAAAGAAGGGGUUCCAGAAGGACUUUAUAUGUGAAAAAAAUCAGCCCACAUCUACUUUGAGGGUACACCUGUUCUGUUUUAGAACUUAAAUUCUGUUUCGAGUUGAUUUGUGUUUUGGAUUCGAUAUUAAACAAUGAAUCGCGUCCUUAACUGGAAGAUGGAGUUUGUCAUACUUCUGUUGACGCUAUAUUUCAAAGCUCACCAUAUCUCUUCUUAA